ACCUCCCUUCAUCACCGCUUUUCUCCUCUCUCUCCGUCCCUCUCCCUCGCUACAAAUCUCUAUCCCCUAUAUUCUCUCUCUAGCAAUUACAAUUACGAUUACAACACGAACAAGCCAACUAUAUUCCUAACAACACAUAUACAUACAAAUAUUUAUCAUACACAAGUAGGAUAGGAUAAAAGCGCGUCAAAAACCCUAGUUGCUUCUCUAUUCUUUUUGAAUUCAUCGAUACAUAAUUAGAGGAUCCCUAAAUGAUCGAAUUAAUUGUCAGAUAUAUAAAAUUGUGAGAGACGAUCAAUGAAGCGAUUCCGACGAUGCAGCGCACGGAGAUUCAUACUCUCGCUCCUCGCUGUUUGCGUGGUCAUUCCUAUCUUUGUUCUCUCCCAGCGCCUCAUUAAUCUCACUUCUGAAGCAUCAAGAUCAAGUAUCGAAGAUUUGUCCACUAUUAAGUUCAGGAAUGAUAUUCUUAAUCUCAAAUCAACGGAUCAGGGGAAUGAUAUAGAUGUUAAUGAGCCGCCUUCGUUGGUGUACAAAGAUGAAAAUGUUAGUGCUAGUUCUUCUGAUAAGGAAGUAAAGUCUGAAGAAGUAAAGUCUGAAGAACGUAGAUAUAGUGGAGGCAUUGUUACCCUGUCAGAGAAGAUUGGAACCAUGUAUGAGGCAGAAGAAAAUAGUCAGCAAGACAAAACAAAGAGUUCAUUUUCUUCGCCCGAGGAAAAGAAAGUACCUAAUCCUAGAGGAGACAUGUUCCAACAGAUUCGAGAAUUGCGAACACCAUCAGGAAGGGUUCCUGUAGAUCGGAAAGUAAAGGAGAUAAAAGAUCAGGUUAUUAGGGCCAAAGCAUACUUGAAUUUUGCACCACCAAAUAGCAACUCCCAUUUGGUAAAGGAGUUGAAGAUGCGAAUCAAAGAAUUGGAACAUGCAAUAAGUGAUUCCACCCGAGAUUCAAACUUAUCUAAGAGGACUUUGCAGAGGUCAAGUCUAAUGGAGGUGACAUUGUCGAAAGCCAAUCGUGUAUACCCUGAUUGCAAUGCUAUGGUCAAAAAGCUCCGUGCUAUGACUUACAAUGCAGAAGAACUAGUCCGUGCACGGAAGAAGGAAACAACCUUUCUAGUUCAGCUUGCCGGGAGGACUACUCCAAAAGGUCUUCACUGCCUCUCUAUGCGGUUAACUGCAGAAUACUUUGCGCUUCAACCUGAGAAGAGAAAGCUUCCCCGCCAGAAUGAUUUGCAUGAUGCAAAUUCGUUUCAUUUUGCUCUCUUCUCGGACAAUGUAUUGGCUUGUUCAGCGGUUGUGCAGUCAACCAUUGCUACUGCUAGGGAACCAGAGAGGAUAAUCUUCCAUAUAGUAACAGAUUCUCUCAAUCUACCAGCGAUCUCAAUGUGGUUCUUGUUAUAUGAUCCUGGUAAAGCCACGAUUGAGAUCCAGAGCAUAGACCAGUUUAAAUGGCUGUCAAAUAAUAUUGAUAUAACGAAGCAGAAGGAAGAUUCUCCUGACAUGAGAUAUACUUCUGCACUGAAUCACCUCCGGUUCUAUCUGCCAGACAUGUUCCCAAAGCUGGACAAAAUUCUGCUUCUAGACCAUGACGUGAUUGUCCAAAGGGACCUAACAGAGCUUUGGAACAUUGAGAUGAUGGGAAAAACAAAUGGUGCAGUGCAAACUUGUCAAGUUGAGGAACCUUCAUUUCGUAGUAUGGAUAUGUUUAUUAAUUUUUCAGACCCAUUGUUGGCAAGCAAAUUUGAUGUGGAGGCAUGCACAUGGGCAUUUGGGAUGAAUAUAUUUGAUUUGCAAGAAUGGAGAAGAAGAAAAUUAACAAGGAACUAUGAGGAAUAUCUGCUACUGGGUAAGAAGAGGCCAUUGUGGAAAGCUGGUAGCUUGCCUUUAGGAUGGAUCACCUUCUACAACAAUACUGUGCCCUUAGACAGUAAAUGGCAUGUUCUAGGGUUGGGGUACCAAUCCGGUGUCAAGCAGCCUGACAUUGAUCAGGCUGCAGUGAUACACUAUGAUGGUAUGAUGAAGCCAUGGCUAGAUGUUGGAUUUGAGAAAUACAAGCCAUACUGGAAGAGACACAUAAACUAUAGUCGACCAUUUUUGCAACAGUGCAACAUCCAAUAAUAGUUAGAUCAGUAUAAAAGCCUGAUUAUCACUCUGACAAACUGCAUGAGUUGAUGUAAAAUUUCUCCACGGUUCUAUACAAAUUCUUUUUAUGUAAAUUUCAACUCAUACGACCCCUCUCAAUUCUUUCGACCUCGAGCAUUAGGUCCUAGUGAAGUUUAGAAAUAAUAGUGAAUGUUGUUCCCUGAAUGUGGUUGUACUCUUGGAAUCACUGUACAUAAGUCUUGUUAGAGCUUAUUGUUUUGUUA